GCGAAUGGAAGACGAGUAAUAAGGAGUCGUUCUAUGAGCAGUGACUGUAUCUGACAGUGAACCAUCUAUUCGUUGAACGCCACUGAGAUCUUGAUGUUAUUGUGGUGUAUCGGUUCGCCGAGGCGUCUACAUGUACUACUGAAAGAACAAAUCGUGCCAGUUUAUACGUAACAGUUACCUGUAGGCGCACACAUGAAACAGCCGAGUGCAGCUGAUUAUGAGCUCAUCCCACCCGACGGAGGAUGGGGCUGGAUGGUCGUCUUGGGUGUCGCCCUCAACACUAUGACCAGCAUGUCCCUGGGUUCAGUUUUCAGCGUCCUCUUCGGAGACAAGCUGACUGAGAUGGGACACAAAACAACCAGCGCUGCAGUUAUCAUGAGCAUCAGAAUGGCUGUCAUGCAGUUCUCAGGUCUUCUCGUGGCUCCGUUGCUGAAGAAAUACUCCAUACGUCAAGUCUCUGUGUUCGGUGGCUGCUUGGUGGUGGUCGGAGUAACGUUGACCAGCUUCGCCAACUCUGUAAUCCACAUCAUCGUCACGUACAGCAUCUGUGUAGGUCUCGGCAGUGGCCUAGUGUCGCCUUCCAGCUUCCUGGUAGUGAAGACGUACUUCGUGAAGGCACGAGGGCGCGCCGUCGGCAUGUCCAUGGCGGGCGGGAACGUGGGCCAGAUGGCGAUGCCGCACCUGGUGAGCUUCCUGCUGGAGACGUACGGCUUCAGCGGCGCGCUGCUGGUGCUGGGAGGGGUGACGAUGCACGGCCCGAUGGGCAGCCUCUUCUUCCACCCCCUGGAGUGGCACGCCGAGCGCCGACCACUGGCCGGGGAGCUGCAGCCGCUCAGGGCGGGGGUCGAGGGCGACGCUCCGGUGGACGCGGAGGCCUCGCUGAUGCGGCGCUCCAAGCGGUACGCCUCGUCGCUGUCCCUGGCCAACUCUGAGAUGGGCGAAGUCACGGACGUCGUGUUCGAAACUCACGGCAAGAAGGCGACGCCAGCCAACGAGGACAUCGGAGGUGACGGAGAGCAAAAGCCGCAGCCGGUGUGGCGCCGCGUGGCCUCUUUCAUGGACCUGGACCUGCUGCGCAGCGGCGUCUUCCUGAACACGAUGCUCGGCACGGGCAGCAUGGUGACGUCCAGCGUCAACUUCACGCUGCUGCUGCCGUUCUACCUGCAGCGCGUGGUCGGCCUGCCGCUGAGCGACACGGCGCUCUGCCUCACCAUGCUGGCCGUCGGCGACUUCCUGUCCAGGCUCACCGUGCCGCCCGUCACCGACCGCCUCGGCGCCAGGCCGCGCCACAUCUUCUUCGUCGGAGCCGCUCUCACCGCACUCACCCGAUCAGCGGUGGCCAUGAGCUCUGAGCUGGUGACGCUGUGCGUCUGGAGCGCCCUGUCUGGUUUCGCCAGAGGAGUCGCCGUCGUCAACUCCAACAUGUGCGUCGCAGACACCUGCCCCGACCACAAGCUGCCCGCCGCCGUCGGGCUCAACAUGAUGUUCGCCGGCGUCCUCAUGUUCGCCGUUGGGCCCAUUGUGGGUUUUGUCCGUGACAAGACAGAAGACUACCCGCUGUGUAUGCACCUCCUGUCUGGAAUGCUGCUGACGGCCAUGUUUUCUUGGUUUAUUGAAGGCGUCGUUCAGUGGUACCGCCAGAAGAGAUGA